UGCUGUCCCCGCCCGUUCCCUCUGCAGCGGAAGUGACGCAGUAGAGCGGCAGUGCGGUGAUGACAUCUCGGCGGAGCUAGAGGGAGACUGACUGGCAGCUGGGCGAUGUGAGAGGCCGCCGGGUCGGGGGACGGAGGGAGCCCGGGUCACUGUCUGACUCACUCCUCAGCCGGUACAUGCCAGUUUUUGCUGCUGUUUGGCAAACUAACAAGACGUCUUCCAACUGGUGCUCCAUGAUUUGAACGUCGGGGCUUGUUCUCAACUUGACAUGAAGAUGGAGGCAGUUGGAAAGAGUGAACAGCUGUUGGAAUCUGAAGUGCCUCCUGUGACCCAACAGAAAGUGGACUCUCACCCUGAUGAGGCAGCUCUGGACCUACAGGCUUCUCUGAAGGACGAUGCACAAGAUGUCCCCGACUCUUCCGGACUAGGCUCAAUGCCGUGCCUGCUGAUGGAGCUGAGAAGGGACUCCUCAGAGUCCCAACUAGCGUCUACUGAAAGCGACAAGCCGUCGGCGGGCCAGGUGUACGAGAGUGACUCCUCCAACCACUGCAUGCUGUCCCCUUCUUCCAGCGGACAUUUGGCCGACUCGGACACACUGUCUUCCGGCGAAGAGAACGAGCAACGGUGCCCAGAAGCAAUAACUGAAGGCUGUGAUACCGCUGCCCAAGGAGCUGUCGUGGCUCGGAAGUCACGGAGGUCUCGCUCGGAGAGCGAGACGUCCACCAUGGCUGCCAAGAAAAACCGCCAGUCCAGUGAUAAGCAAAAUGGCAGAGUCGCCAAGGUCAAAGGUCACAGAAGCCAAAAGCACAAAGAGAGGAUUAGGCUAUUAAGGCAGAAAAGGGAGGCAGCUGCACGCAAAAAGUACAACUUGUUGCAGGACAGUAGCACCAGUGACAGCGACUUGACCUGCGACUCGAGUACAAGUUCAUCAGAUGACGAUGAAGAGGUUUCAGGGAGCAGCAAGACAAUCACAGCGGAGAUACCAGAUGGACCACCAGUCGUGACCCAUUAUGACAUCUCCGACACAAACUCCGACCCGGAAGUGUUGAACGUAGACAACAUGCUGGCCGCCACGGUUGUCAAGGAACAUAACUCCGUUUCCAAGCAGGAGCCAAUGCCAUCGUGGCGUACGAGGGGCUUACUUGAAGAACUGAACGCAGACUCUGGUCAUUUGGAUCCAGGACUGUCUUCAUGUGAUAAAUUACCCUCUGGCGAGUCACAGAAUAACGAAGACGAGAUAAACAUUGCAUCUUCAGGCAGCGAGGUGGAGAUAGUCGGGGUUCAAGAAAAUGCAAGGUUUGUCCACCCCCGGGGCGGAGUUAUACAGAGAGUAUCCUCAUGGAAGCAUGCCGCUGGCUCCCAGUAUAACAGCUCCCACCAAGCUCCAUCAUGGACAGGAGUGACACCCCAGCAGAACUGGACUGCCCCUCCAGAAGUAGUUGACCUAACUCUGGACGAAGAUUCAAGGCGCAAAUAUUUACUGUAAAGUCGGGCCCUCCCUGUUUUUGUCCCCGUCCCUCCUCUUCCUCUGGCACAAUCCUUCCUGUGAGGUUACACAUGCUCUCUUCCAGGAGUCCGGGAGUUUUUAUGAUUUGAUGACCCCCAUGCAUUAAUAAGCAUCUUAGUAACUUUUUUGUUUUUUGACCUAAGCAGCCAGCCAAAUCCUAUUUUAGAUUACUGCCCCCUCCUUUUCCCCUUGCGAUACCAGAAUCACCGUGGUAGAAAGCACUUUUCAGUUCUUCUUCCCUUUAUUAUUGCUAAUUUAAAUGCUCUGUUUAUUAAAAAAAAUAAUAUAUGCAUAAGUAUUUAUACUGUAUGAUUAGAAAUAAACAUUGAUAAGGAUUCUUCCUCGGCACA